AUGGCUGCUCCUACCAUCGUGGUUGAUGAGUCCCAGGUGGAUGGUUUGCCAGAGACCCAGGCGUACUCUGACUUGCCAGUCCCACCGACGCAGGUUGCUGAGCCUGAGAAGAGUGACACUUGGCCACAUGAUGCUCAGCCCAGAGACACUUUCAUGAGUGAGGAGAAGGUUGGCGAGAAGCCUGAGACCGGUGAGACUGCUCUCACUGGCCCUGCUCAACCUGAGCCCGAUAGGGAAGCUGAGGUGCCUGCUGCCCAGCCGUCGCAGGGACUUGUUCGGCAAAAUGCUUUUCUUGAGGAGGAAGUUGACUCCCAAGUGGUGAUUUGCAAGAAGUGUCACCUUGAGCAGGACAUCAACACCGUUGUCAUCCGUGGUCCUCGGGAAAUGUGGUGUCGGGCGUGCAAUGCGUUGUAUACGCUAUUGCGCCGCAACUUAGCCUGGCCUCCGGUCCAAUUUGCUACUAUGACCAAGGAACAGCAAGCUCAGUUCUUCUCCCAGUGCCAAAAGGACCGGGAGGAAUCGAUGAAGAGUUCCUUUUGCUUUUGCCGUGUCAAGGACACGCUGACAAAGGUGAUGAUCGAGGAGCAGGUCAAGCAGCGACGAUUAGAGGUGUCGGUGUCGGAAAGCGAUAUCCAGUCCUCAGUGGAGCGCAGCGUCUUGGAGGCCGAGCGCAAC